AUGCCACAAUCGGUCAGGUCCACAGUGUGUAGAAUUCUUCCAAACCUGUCAGUCAAAGUCAAGAUAGAGCAAAAAACCCUCCCCAGUCCCCAGCUAAAAGUAGACACGCUUCUUCUUGUUGACAAUAAAGACGACAAACUACAGUACAACGACGACGACUUCAUUCAAACACAAGUAACGAACUUCCUCCUCCUUCUACGCCAUUCUCAACAAAUUCCUCUCCGCCGGACGCCGCUCUUCCGACCACAGGCCGGUGUAGUUUUAUCAAUUCAACGGAACUUUGAAGUUAGCUCGACGAGGUUUAUGUAA